ACUGAUCACCCGCUCGUUCUAGAUCUGCCUCCUCUCCAGCCACAUGCCAAAUCCCAACGUCAAUCCUGGACCCUCCACGCAAGGAGCUGCAUCCAUGCUCGGGCGCCCGGCUUCCAUUCAUAACAGGCCAUAGCCAUGACCAUGAUCCUCCACAGGUAACCGGCCUGAGCACAUCUUCCUCCACCAGGGGGUAUCCCUCGUCAGCGAACCUUGAAUCCGGGCGACAAGGUGUCCUCGAAGCACAAUGGACGUCACCCAGGAGAUUGCACGUGUAGCAGCCACGGAAGCACAGACGGCGGCGGGUGCGCGCAAGAGGACGCUCCGGGCUUGCGACAGGUGCAGUCUGCUCCGCGUGCGCUGCGAUGGGCGACAGCCAUGCCGGAGAUGCCAGGAGUACGAACAGAGCUGUCAUUAUGCUCGCAGCGUCGGCAAACGUGGCCGCCGCCCGGGCUCGAAAAAACAGGCACAACAGCAGGAACAGAAGCACCAAGGCCAUUCCACAGGGCCACAGAACGGCGACUCGUCAGAAGCUGACCACGAUUCUGUCCAACGAGGCUCACGGCGCCAGGUUGGUGAGGACAAGUGGUAUGAGUUUGAGAACACACUGAGCCGGGACGUGGAGUCGAUGAGCAACGUCUCGACGCCAACCACGGUCAACGAAACAAACGGCGGCUGGCACCACAUCUCGAUCGAUGCCGUAGGGAACUGGAAGGACGCCGCCCUUGACCUGCAUCAGCCGCAGUCACCGCCACUGAGCCGUCACCGCGUUCGUCAUGACAGCAACUUAUCCGAGGGCCCCACUGACCGCGGUACUUCAUCGAGACCUGCAGGCAAUGAUUCUCUGACUUCGCCCAGCUUGAAUCUCUACCCUCAGUCGCUACAUGACCAAGACAGCAUGCGUACCUCGGUACCCGAUUCCAUCGGAGCGCUUACACAGCAGAACCUGAUCACAGUGCCUUCCCUUCUGAACACGCCUGAAGCAGUAACAUCGCCUGCUGCUGCAAGAUCUGGCCAACGCGAGGUGCCAGAGAGCGCACGGCUGUGCCGAUUUCGAUGUCUCGAGCCCGUCGUGCCCCUCUUGCAGGGUAUCAUAGACGCGGAUCUGGCAUGUGAACUGCUCGAGAUGUACUUCGUCGAGCCUGGCGGUUCGCUCUUCAAGUGCUCCUCGCCAUACGUUCUUACGCAUGUGCUGCGGAAGGAGUCGCUUCUCCGCCACGAUACACCAAGGAAGACGACACCGGCACUCUUGGUCACCAUGCUGUGGGUUAGCGCGCAGACGGCGGACAGCUCGCUCUUCUUGCUCCCGGGACAGAAGACGAGAGUGUGCGAGGGGCUCAGAAAGCUCAUGAUCCGCCUAACAAACGACCGUGACCGAGACUCGUGGCACAGAAUAACAGACGGCUCCUUGCUGAGAGAUACCAAUGGGAGUGACGCGGAACAUGUGGCCCCGGCAUCGUGCUCUAACGGGUCCGCGAGUGAAGCGCUGCCACCUGUGCCGAUGGUCGAUGAUGUCUUGGUGUAUCUGCUGCUUACCAUCGUGGUGUCAGGUGGCGAUUUCAAAAUCGAUUGCCUCCGAUGGUGGACAAAGACGUUGCGUCUUUCACACAGUAUGGGUCUCAACCGGGAGGACGAACCCCCAGACGGAUCGACACUGCCCUCUGCAAUGUGCACUGGCGAUGCCUCGACAUGUCCGUGCCGAGCCUGCGACGCUACCCGCGCAGGAGUAUCAAUCGCCGAGGUCCGAGAGGAGCGGCGGCGAGCCUUCUGGUUGAUAUUCUGCCUUGAUCGGCAUUUGGCACUGUCAUUCAAUGCUCCUCUACGAAUUCUGGACGACGAAUGUCAAGUAUAUGCUCCACUUCCGGAUGACGCAUGGGAAUCUCUAGCAUCGCCCUACUUCGAUACGUCCCACGAUGGCGAUAGCCAUCACCAGCAAUAUGCUGGGCGGGCUUUUGGCGCACCCACACGGGUCCUCGGCAUCGGCUUCUUCGAGUGGUUCCUCCCGCUCAUGACGAUCCUGGGCGAUGUCAUCACCUUGCACAGACUCAAGUCGCACCCGCGCUUCAGCGGCAGCGACAGCAUGGCGGACAGCCACGAAGCCUCGACCGCCGUGGUCGAACAGGUCAUGGAGUCGUGCGAGCAGAGCAUCGCGGACCUGGCCGCGCGGUACGAGGUCGAGACGCUCAACGGCGCCGCGAUCCCCGCGAGCCAAGUGCGUACUCCUGGAUCCGGGCAGCCUCUCGCGCCGACGCCGCGCGAGAUGCCUGAUCCGCUCGCACAUCAGCAACAACAACACCAGCAGCAGCAGCAUUACGCUGCCUUCUCCCCGCCAGACGCCAGCAGACCACCACCACCAGCACCGCCCUCUUCCACCACGACAACCCUGCCCCCUCUGACCACCGCCUCUUCCAUCACCACGGACCCAAACUCGAGCACAAACACGACUCGCCGCCGCCGCCACCACGCCCAGGCCCAACUGGUGACAGCGUACAGCAGCUUCAUCCUGCACGUGCUCCACGUCCUGCUGCAUGGCAAGUGGGACGCGGUCUCCAUGCUCGACAACAAGGACGGCUGGAUUCCCAGCGUCGGGUUCAUCAAGUGCGCGUCGCACGCCGUGGCCGCCUCGGACGCCGUGUCCCGCAUCCUCGCCUGCGACCCGGAGCUCUCCUUCAUGCCCUACCUCUUUGGCAUAUACCUCCUCCACGGCAGCUUCAUCCUGCUCCUCUUUGCCGACCGCAUGCCCCAGAUCGGCCUCAACGAGUCGGUCGAGCGCGCCUGCGAGAUCAUCAUCCGCGCCCACGAGGUCUGUGUCGUCACGCUGAGUACGGAGUUUCAGAAACGCUUCCGCAAAGUCCUCCGGUCGACACUCUACAGCGUCAGGAGCGCAGGGACGUCCAACGUCGAGGAGAGCAAGGCUCGGCGGCGGGCGCUUUCGCUGUACCGAUGGAGCAGCGGAUCUACGGGCCUUGCUCUUUGAACCUUCCGUUCAUGCCUUGCUUGUACAUACAUAUCAAAUCAGCACCGUCUGCAAGUACAUAACACACCACAUGCAUCCCGCUGCAGAUAUGAUCUAGCAUUUUCUGUGAAGCAUUGAUUAAAAG